AUGUCCAGCAAUCCAGAAGAUAUGACCUUGACCUCCCCCAAGCCCUCAAGCCCGGACUUCCCAACACACAACUCCCCGCACCACCACCACCACAACCACCGCCACCACCUCUCAAACAGUGCACAGCAGCAACAGCAGCAACAGCAGCAGCAUAACCUGGCUAUCGCCGCUAGCGCUGCUGCCGCCAGCUACGCUGCAGAUAACCACCUAGCAGGCCUUGUGGAAGCCGCCACGGCCGCAGCGGGACAGGAUGUCGACUGGGCGCAGAACGACGACGGAGAUGCCAGCGUGAUGGGCCAUGGGCGUGCGCUGCACGGCCACCUCGAGGGAUAUCCUUCGCCCAAUCCUGUGUCUGGCGCCGCGGGUGAGGCGGGUGGUGGUGGGGACGGCCUGCAUUUGGGUGAUGGGUUUGUGGGUGAUCCGACGACGGGGGGUGGGCAGGGGCAAUAUGGUGGGAUGCCUUCGGGCGCGGGGUCGGGGUCGGUAGAUGGGAGUAGUGGUGUGCCGACAGCCACUGCUACUACGGCGGCGGCGGCGGCGGCGCGGAGACAGCUACGCCAUGUGAAUGUAGCAAGGGGUCCGACGAACCUGCCGAGGAAGAGGAAGCGGGCAUCGACUAUCGCCAACGUUGACCCGGCGAUGACGGAUGACGUCCCGCCGGAAGGCCAGUAUGACGAUGACACUGGCAACGUGGACGAGGUUCUAGCCGCGGGCGGAAACCAGAACGGAAGCGCACACGCCCUGAGUAUCCGCGAGCUACCACCACAGCAAGCGUUAUCGGACGCACGCGCGGCAGGGGUCCACUCCGCCGCCGCGCUCUUCCGCCAACCCUCGGCCACCAGCAAGAAAUACACGCGCCCGCCGAUGUCGAAGAUGUUCUCGUCGCUGGGCUUGUCGCCGGAGAACUUCCUGUACUUACAGGCUGCGGCGAAGGCGUAUAUGCUUGACGAGGCGCAUCCGGAGAGACGCGAUUGUGUGGGCCAGAGGGGGAAGGGGGAUACAGAAAUGGUGAAGUUGCGGUUGUGGAAUUGUGUGAGGGAUUUUCUGGAUAGGGAGGGGAAUGGGGAGAGGUUUUUUGGGGAGGGGGCGGGGAGCACUCCUGAUGUUGGUGCUAGUGGUGCAGCCGGGAUGAUGGGGAUUGGGAUGGGGUUGGGUGUUGGCGCAGACUCGCGGCCCCCUUUGGUGUGGCCGAGGGAUGAGCAGCGGAUCAUUUCGCUCGUCAUGCCGUUGCUUAGAAGGAUGGUCACGAAUGAGCGGCAGAGACAGUAUGCGAUUGAGACGAGGAGAGGGGGUGCGGGUGCGGGUGCGGGUACGGGUACGGGUACGGGUGCGGUUGGGAUUGGGGCGGAGAAGAAGAGGGACCAGGUCGGUGAUGGCGAUCGUGUGUCGACUCUCUCACCAGAGCAUGGGUUUCCGUCGCAUCAAACACAUCAACUCAACCAUCACCACCAGCAGCAGCAACACCAUGGCGUUUCAGGGAUGGAGCUCGGGUUGAUGGAUCUAUUAAAUGAAGGGUAUCCGACGGAUUGGGAGUCCAUCGCCCGGUCCUACGAUAAUUACAACAUAGAUUAUCGACUGGAUAACCUCGGUUCCAUAUCUGGGUUGCAGCAGGCGGACUGGUGGGGUCUUGUUGCAGCGGUUGACUCUCACUACCAGAUUUGCCACUCGGGUAAUGCUUCGGACUGCAGUACACAUUGUGAGGAGUGUACGAUUAAUCGGAUUGUUUCGUCGGAUAGCGUGUCGCAGGCUGGAUGGAGGGUGGGGAUGGGAGCGGGAGGGCCGGUGCAUACUGAGGACUUGGCGGCGAGAAAUUAUUUUGCAACGGGGAUAACCCGCGACGUGUCGCAUAUUAUCCGUGAUAUCCUCAUCAGCCAACAGCAACAACAGCAACAGCAACAGCAGCAGCAACAACCACCACCAUCUCCACCAUCAACAUCACCCGCAACCUCAGCAAGCACAAGCACAACCACCCCACAAAUCCCCGCCCACCAAAUAGCCAUCCACAUCAACACCACAAAGCCCAGCACCAAAGGAACAAAACGCCUCAUCCCCCGCCUCGACAUCUCCGCCGACCAGUGCCCAGAUCUGGCCAGCCUGCUACAAAAGGUCCGCCAGCACCACAUCCAGUUCCAGCAACAGCAUAAUGGCCAGCAUCAGUCCCAGAGCGCACAGCAGGCUGCUGCCGCCCUUGCUGAGGAGCCGACGCUGCCCGUCAAAGUGUGGUUAGAGGAAGGGCUGGUGGAUGUGCAGACGGACGCGGAGUGGGCGGUUGCGCUGGCUAAGGUACGGAAGCGGGGAGUGGAGAAAAUAGUUGAGGUUGAUGUUCGUCAUUAA